UGUUCUUUUGCCCUUUCUUUUGUGUAUGCAUUCAUUCACCACACACCUUAGUUAUCAAAGCUCCUUCAAUCUUCUCAUCUCUUUCCAAACGCUAAACCAACACAAACAAAUUAAUAUCACAUGGAAAGCUCAGUGCGUAUCAAAGAAGCUGUGGUUGUGACCCCUUCUGAUCCCACCCCAAGUGGUGUCUUAUUACUCUCACCACUUGAUUCCCAACUCUUCCUUCGUUUCACCAUAGAGUACCUCUUGGUCUAUAGGCCCGGGCCGGGCUUGGACCAGGUUGCCACCGUGGCUCGUUUGAAAGAUGCAUUAGCCAAAGCCUUGGUUCCUUAUUACCCAUUCGCCGGAAGGGUUAGGGCCAGGCCCGAUGGCCCGGGCCUCGAGGUGGUUUGUCGAGCCCAGGGUGCGGUCUUCAUCGAAGCCUUCUCUGACCGUUACACUCUCAACGACUUUGAAAGAGCCCCCAAAACAGUUACCCACUGGAGGAAACUCUUGUCCCUUUACGUCCCCGACGUUCUCAAAGGAUCUCCGCCGCUAGUUGUUCAGAUCACCUGGCUCGCCGACGGCGCCGCCGCGGUCGGCGUCGGAAUCAACCACUGCAUCUGCGACGGAAUCGGCAGCGCUGAGUUUCUCAACUAUUUCUCUGAUUUAGCUUCUGGUAAACGCUCCGAUCCGAAACCGAAACCGGUUUGGGAUCGCCACCUUCUUUUGCCGCCGGCGAAGAUGACUCGGUCUAACCCGGCGAUUCUCCCCGAGUUCAACCGGGUCCCCGAUCUCUGCGGGUUCAUGAACCGGGUCACGAGCGGUCUAAAACCAACUUGCAUUGUGUUCGACAAGAGACGACUCAACGAGCUCAAGAGCAUCGCUCAGUGCGCGAGUCAACCCGGCGAGUCGUUGUUCACGUCGUUUGAGGUGCUUGCGGCGCACGUGUGGAGGAGCUGGGCGAGAGCAUUGGGUUUCCCAGCGAACCAGAAGUUGAAGCUUCUGUUCAGCGUGAACGUGAGGAACCGGGUCAAACCGGGUUUACCCGAGGGGUAUUAUGGGAACGCGUUUGUUCUGGGUUGUGCGCAGAGCAGUGCUAGGGAGUUAGCGGAGAAAGGGAUGGGGCACGUGGCGAGUGUGGUGAAGAGAGCGAAGGAGAAGGUGGACAACGCGCACGUGAGGAGCGUGGCUGAGUUGGUGUCCGAGUCGAAGGCGAGUCCUGACUCGGUUGGGGUUCUGAUAGUGUCGCAGUGGUCGAGGCUGGGUCUUGAGAGGGUUGAGCUUGGAAUGGGGAAGCCGGUGCAUGUGGGACCCAUUUGCUGCGAUAGGUACUGUUUGUUUCUUCCGGUGAGGGAUCAAAGUGAGAGCGUGAAGGUCGCGGUGGCUGUCCCCACCGCCGCCGUUGACAGUUACCACCGGUUUCUCAGGGACUCGCAUUUAUGAACCAACCUCUGUUUUUUUUUUCCUUUGUAGGUUGACUUGU